AUGGGAAGGAUAAACUACAAAACGUUCGCCGAGAGCAGACCUACUCCUCCUGAAUGUGGGAUAUCUGACGAUUCAAUCACUUCCUCUGAUAAUUUGUCAGAAUCUCAAAAGAAGGAGUUACUGGAUUCCAAUCGGAAAGCCAUGUUAUUUAUGUAUUGUCGGAGGGGAGCUCUUGUUGUGAUAGGUGCCUUAUUCAUUUUCCUGGCUGUUUUUAUCCCAGUCACUAAGGCUCAACAACAACAUCACCACCACCGAGAUACAUCCGCAACUUUUUUCCAUGAACCUAUUCAGCCUCCUUCAUAUCCUCUUGCAGUGAGGAAUCCUUAUCUUUCGGCCUGGAUCCCGAGUUCCCUCGCCACCAACGUUAGUUCUGGAAAUGCACAAUUCUGGGCAGGCCAAAAUUUGAUAUGGAGCGUAAUUGCACGCGUGGAUAACGUUACGUGGAAUCUUUUCGGGGUAGCUUCUCCAGGAGCUGGAACAAGAGAUGGGUCUACAACGUCGGCGAAAUAUACCUCUACACAUUCGAUUUUUAAUUUAACGGCUGGGAUUGUAACUUUCAGCUUGGACUUCUUUUCUCCCGUCAGCACUGGGAAUUAUUUGAGACAGUCCCUUCCCUUCAGUUACUUGACAAUAUCUGCUGAGACUACUGCCGCAACCAAUAUUCAGAUAUAUUCAGAUAUCAGUGGUACUUGGACUGGCCAGACUGCAUCCUCAUUUUGGACAUUCACGAAACAAAACACCACCUCAGCAUUUUCAAUCAAAGCCAACAACCGAGCCACAUACUCAGAGGCCUCAGAUCAAGCAUUAUGGGGUGAAGCCAUCUAUUCAUCUCAGCCCUCAUCCACUUCUACUCUUACUUGUGAAUCGGGUGAUAGGACCGCUGUCCGCAAAGUCUUUUCAGAAACAGGAGCCCUCUCCGGGGCUCUGGGUGCCUGGUUAGUAGAUGGAGUCACAGGAAUCUCCCACGAUUUGGGAAGUGUCACAGGACCAUCCUCUGUUACCUACGCUAUCGGAUAUGUAAGAGAAGCUGCAGUUAAUUAUUUAGGAACACCAUACAUUGGAUAUUAUCGUGCGACAUAUCCAAAAACUAUUGACGCCUUGGAACAUUUCUUUGAAGAUUAUGACAAUGCAUUUGUUGAGUCUCAAACCAUCGAUUCUGAAUUGUCUGCAGCUGCAACUCAAGUCGCUGGUACAAAUUACUCGGAUAUCACAACCUUGUCAUUAAGACAGGUAUAUGGAGGAAUUGAUUUGGUGAUUCCAAAUGCUACACUGGAUACCAACGACGUCCUCGCAUUCGUCAAGGAAAUUUUAAGUGAUGGGAACGUUAACACCGUGGAUGUAAUCAUGCCCUUAUUCCCGGUUCUGUAUGUUACAAACCCAGAAUAUUUACGUCUCCUCCUUGAACCAAUACUACAAUAUCUCGCUUCCGGUCGUUGUACUCUUCCUUAUGUAAUUCACGACAUUGGUUCCGCCUAUCCCAAUGCCACCGGCCAUGAUAAUGGCGUUGCAGAAGUAAUGCCAAUAGAAGAAACCGGAAAUCUACUGAUACUCGCUCUCGCUUACCAGAAAGCGUCCAAUAACACAGCUUGGGCAGAGAAAUACUACCCACUUCUCAAUAGAUACGCGUCAUAUCUCCCGUCAACUUCCAUCAAUAUCACUCUUCAACUCUCUACCAACGAUGCUGCCGGACCCCUCGCUAAUGAAACCAACCUCGCAAUCAAAGCAGCAGUUAGUCUGAAAGCUUUUGCUUCUCUAGCCGGUGAGACCUAUUCGAAUUAUUCGACCAUCGGAGAUGCGCAUGCCACCCAAAUAUACACAGAUAAAUUAGGAACUGAUGCGGAUCAAACACAUUUCGUACUCAAUUACCCAGAUAAUGACAAUUCCUGGAAAAUCCCCUUCAAUCUCUACCCGGACCUUUUGCUCGAUUUGUCAACCUUCCCAGACGCAGCAUAUACCAUGCAAGAGAACUACUAUCCAACCAUUCGGUCUGAUGGCGGAGUAGCUCUUGACUCUCGUCAGGCAUGGGCGAAAUCCGACUGGAAUAUUUGGACUGCAGGUACAACAACAGGAGCGGUGAGACAAUCGUUUGUUGAUGAUAUUUGGGCUUUCAUUAGCAACGGAAAGAAUAGUUGGCCUCUGAGUGAUAGAUGGACAGUCAAAGUGGAUGGAAGUACGGAGGAAGGAAUUGAAGAAGCGUUGAGCGCUAGACCCACUGUUGGUGGUCAUUUUGCUUUACUCGCUUUGGAAUUGGGAGGGAAAGGGCUGGGAAGUAAUUGGAAUCCAUGA